GCUGAUAAGAUGAAACAAUCUGCUGUUGGAAAAAAUGUGAAUUCUUCCCCUGUUCACGCCUCUGCUGCUCAUGCUAUGUAUGAUUCUUUUCCAGCUGGUGAAUAUAAUAUCCGGUCUUCUACCCGUGUUGACGUGAUGGCUGGUGUUGAAGAUGUAGUGAGUUUCUACAAUUCUAAUAACGUCGGCGGUGAUGGUAAUAAUGUGGCUGGUGUGCCUCCUAACCAAGAUAAUGUAAUGAAUGAAAACGAGAAGACUAUGCCACCUCCCGGGAAUCCUGCUGAUAAGGAUAAGGUCCCAUUGCCUGAGGUGUCUUCUUCCUUGCCAGACAGCAGCUUGCAGGUUACGUAGUAUAGUUAAGUUUUAUGUAUUAGAUAUCUAUAUUUUUACCUGCUAACGACUAAUACGUAAUUGCGAAUUAUUAGGGUGAUGACAUGGAGACAUCGUAUCCCAGAGAGUCGGAGGUAAGUUAGAUAGGAAAUUUCGUCCAGGGAGUACCUUUUUUAGAUUAUCGGUUUCAUAAAUUUCUUAUUCAUAUCUUAAUUGUUUCAGUCGGGGAGUGAGACUACUCGUGGAAGUCAGGAAGAGGUUGAUAAUAAUGAAGUUACCAGCUAAUAUCUUUAUCCGCUAUAUCUUUCUCAAACGAAUAUAUGUAUCAAGUUAUUGUAAUGUUGUUACAUUUUUGCUUGUUAGGCCCUCAGCCCCCUCCAUUCUGAUUUGCCACCUACUACAGAUGCUGAUGUUAGUUAAAUGUGUUUUAUAUUUUAUUCGUUUUAUAUAGUAGUUUAGCAGCUAAGUAUUAUAUGUGGCUAGCUAAUA